GCGUAUUUUAAGCCCCGUGUGUUGCUGUGGUAACUGCAGGCCUGGGCUCUUGCUUUAUUUACUCUAACGGUUUGCAGACAUGUCGGCCAGGAGAUUCUUCGUUGGAGGAAACUGGAAAAUGAAUGGCGACAAGGAGAGUCUUGGCGAACUUAUAACGAUGCUGAACACGGCCAGUCUCCACGAUGAAACAGAGGUGGUAUGUGGAGCCCCCUCUAUCUACCUGGAUUAUGCCAGAUCCAACCUGGACCCCAAGAUUGGCGUGGCUGCCCAAAACUGCUACAAGGUGGCCAAGGGUGCCUUUACUGGCGAGAUCAGCCCAGCAAUGAUCAAGGACUGUGGUGUCGACUGGGUGAUUCUCGGCCACUCAGAGAGGAGGCAUGUCUUUGGUGAAUGCGAUGAGCUGAUUGGUCAGAAGGUGGCUCAUGCGCUAGAGAGUGGUUUGGGAGUGAUUGCAUGUAUUGGUGAAAAGCUGGAGGAAAGAGAGGCAGGGACCACAGAGGAAGUGGUGUUUGCCCAGACCCAAGUCAUCGCAGACAAUGUGAGUGACUGGGGUAAAGUGGUGUUGGCAUACGAGCCUGUCUGGGCUAUUGGCACCGGCAAAACUGCCACACCAGAGCAGGCCCAGGAAGUGCAUGAGAAGCUGAGAGUCUGGAUAAGGGAGAAUAUCUCAGAGGCUGUGGCUGACUCUGUGCGCAUCCUCUAUGGAGGCUCCGUGACAGGGGUUAACUGCAAGGAACUUGCUGGCCAAGCCGAUGUUGAUGGCUUUUUAGUGGGCGGAGCCUCUCUUAAGCCCGAAUUUGUUGACAUCAUCAACGCGCGGGCAUAGAGAAGGUUUCACUGAGUCAUGGAAUGAUCACAGGGUCCAGACGCAGCACAGCCAAGUCGAAUCUCUAACCACUUAUCCUAGACAAAUGGAGGCAGUUGGAGUCUGUAAGUGAGAGUAAUGAUAAUAACUCUACACUGCAUACUGGUUGAGUCAUAGCUUGAAUGGUUUCACUCAUUAACAUCUCACAGUGUGUUUAAGAUGAUAAAGACAUAAAGGCAUCAUUGCCCUUAAAUGAAGUUCCCUUCUAGCUUCAGCACCUGAACAAUCUAUAUUAGCUUUAUGUUUACAAAUUGUACUACUUGACCUGCUGAACAGCCGGUUAGGUCCACAUAAGAACGUGUUAAAUGGUAGUGACGGUAUACUUACGCUGUGCACAUUGUGCUAUUCCCUUUUGAAGACAGGCCCUGCUCCAGAACUCUCCAGAAAUGCGUUCUUAAUCUUUUCUUUUUAUUCAUAGUCACUGCUCUUACUAAGGGCUGAGUGACAGCAAAACAGCUUUAACCUUUAUGCUUCUUCAAAGCUGGUGCUGCCUGGUAAUCCAAGUUCACAAUGCACAUUCACUUCGAGUGAGGUUAGAAGCAGCACUUUAAAAAAUACUUUACUCUCCAUCUUCCUGCCCUUUUCUGAUGUGAAAUGGAAGGAAUGAGCUGAAAUCACAUGGUUUUGAGGCUCUUCCAAAGAGACGAGAGCCAGUCAUUAUACGUCAGACCUCUCACUCUCGGGCUCCAUUUUCCUGCCUGGGUUUCUAGCUGAUAAUUAGAGCUGACAAGUGAGACUUGAGUGUGUGUGUGUGUGUGUGUUUUUUUUUUUUUUUUUUUUUUUUUUUUUUUUUUCCUCUCUCUCUGUCAGAAGCUUGUAAUUACAGUAAUUCUGCCCUGGAUUGAAUGCAGCAUGAAAUGUAUUCCCCCCCCCUGACCUUUUCCAUCCAUUUGGCUAUCAGUAGGACAGGAAGUGUGCACUUCUUUAGACAGUUGGAACUAGACCACUGUAUUGUAUGAAACUGGAAUCGAUACUUGAAGUCAUAUUUCCUCUGCUCUCACCCUUAUUCUGUAGCUGAAAUAAAUUGUAUUGUCCACCACAAAAAGAUCUGCUUUA